AUGCUAGAGAGGGGCUGGGUCACGCGAGAGGAGUACCAGCAGCUCCUGCAUGGCGAUCGGCUGUACUCUCUCCACGAGUCCGAGAUGGAGGAGCAGGAACGAGAGCGGCGGCGGCGACUGCGAAAUAAGAUAGGGCUCCGUCGGAAAUUGUGGAGGCAGACGCAGAUCGGCGUCGUAAGGCGCGCGCGCGCGCGGAAGAAGGCCGAAAAGCGCAACAAGGCGGGCGGGGCAGCGGCGGCGGCGGCGGAUGACCUCAGCAAGUCAGGCAAGGUGUCGACAGCGACUUCGGCGGCGGCGGCGGCGGCGGCGGCGGCGGCCGUGGACAAGAGGAAGAAGAAGAAGCAGCCGCCGGCGGAGCGGCCCCCCGACGUCUGCCGAGACCCGAUAACGCUCGACGACCUCGGCUCGUGGACGUGGGACUUCCGCGCCAGCGAGGCCGCCACACCGCCCGUUUCGUGCGGGGCAACUAAGUCGACGAAGCACGGAGGCGGCGGCGGUUGGAAAGGGAAGCGUUUCGGGGUGGGGGGCAAGGGGGGCCGUGGGUGUGGCAGCGGCGGGAGCGGGGGCGGCGGCGGGAGCGGGAGCGGGAGCGGCGUCAGCGGAAGCGGAAGCGGAAGCGGGAGCACCAGCAGCGCGGUGGUGACGUAUAACGUGGAGUCCCUGGUGCUGUACUUGCUGGAGUCGGGAGACUUUCAGGAACCCACCACACGGCGACCGUUUUCCCUGGUCCAACUGGCGGACCUUGACGCUUUGGCGGCGAAGGCGGGCGCGAAGGUCAAGGGAUCGCUAGUACAGUCUUACCACGAGGGGCAGGAAAAGUACGUCGAGCGCCGAGAGCGGAGGGAAAUGCUGGUUGGCGCCGACCGCUGCCUUGGCGACAUCGUCUCGGAGAUGCUGGCCACGAUCGAAGACAACGACGAGUCCCACGAGGACGCCCACAUCUACCUCUGCACUCUCUUCCCGCAGUUUUCCCACAUCUUCUCGGAGAUGAAGGAGGCGGACGAGGAGUACGCGAGACAGUGCCUGGAGCAGCACAUUGCCCUGCUGCGAGGCCCGCCUAACCGGCCGACGGCGAAGUCUCUCUCCUCCGAACAGGGCGACUUGUUGACGGCGUGCGUCGACUUUCUGAGCGAGCAAGGCAGUGCCGGCGGCGGCGGCGACGACGGUGGCGGUGAGGGUGACAGCAAUGCCACACCGCCGCUGGGAGACGGUGAAACUGCCCACGGAGGUAGCGGUGGCGGAGAUCGCCGCACGGUGGACGAAGCCCUCGCGUCGUUGCUGAGCGAGGUCGCCGCUGCGACGAUGGUGGAGGGAGGGAGCUCGACCAGCAGCAGCCGUAGCAGCAGCAGCAGCGACGAGGACGAGGAGGAGGAGGAGGAGGAGGAGGAGGAGGAUGCGUGCGACUUAUCUCUGACCGGCAGCGUGGAGUGA